AUGCCGCGGCACGUUGCGUGGUUACUCGUGAUCUUCGCAGCUUCGUGGAGCGGUUUGGGGCACACCAGUAGGGUCAACGGCGGUUUCUUCCCUUCACAGGAGGUCUUCAAUGGCACCACCACCCUGGAGGAACAGGCCACCGUCGGACGAGACGACCCUGACAGGACCAGGCUCUUUCACAACAAUAGAUUCAGGCCCAACAUAAUCAUUGACAACUCAAUCGCCGGAGGUGGAAAUCUUGGGGUGUGGAGGCCACCUCCCGCGUCAUACAUCCGGCCACGGCCUCCAAACCUGAACGUGCUGCCCCCACCUCCGGUCAUCUACGACCCUCAGAGCCCGGAUAAAUUUUAUCAAGUGCAAGACUUCCAGGGAAUUCAGGGACUUCAGGGGCCUGGUUUCUACCCUGGAGACUACAUCAAUCCUUAUCCAGCGUAUGCAGCGAACGACCAGUGCAACAUCAUGGGCCCGCUGUUGGCGCUGAAAAAGGCGAUUUUUACCGUGCUCAAAAUCGCUGCGGUCAAGAUUCCUGUGCUCGCCCUGAAAUUUCUGACGAAAGCUUUCGCCUUCCUGGUGCUCAUCGGUCCCCUCCUCCUCCCCCUUCUGCUACUCUUCCCUGUUCCAGUUUAUGGGUUCGUGAACAACGGAUUCAACUUGAACACCGGCUUCGGCAACACCUUCGCGAAUCAAAACCCAAACCAGGGCAACGCUGCUGGCAACAUUAAUCUGAACAGAAAUCCCAACCAGAACCUGAACAAUGUGAACGGCGGCAGAAACAGAGGCGCUCAACGCGCUCUCCCGUCUUUGGCGAAGGGACCUUGCUUCCCAAGGGUCUCCUGUGAAAUGGGAUACUGGGGCUUUCAAACACAAAUUGCAUGGAUCUUGGAUCACAUACACGAAACGCUGCAUCCAACUUUCCCUAAGCUGUUUGAAUUGUGGAAAAAAGCUUACCACCACGGUGGAGUAGGCCGGGACUGCAGUUUACUUUACAAGUGCCCGAAAAUGGACGAACUCAUCGUGGUCGCAAAGCAGUACAAGUUUCUGCCAGAAGAGCCCUGACAAGUCUGUACAUAUUUACAAACGAAAAGACUGUAAUCUGUUCAUAUA